AUGUCCCGUUCUUGCGGCCAGUUUGUCGUGGCUGCUGAGCACCGUUGUUAUUUGCGACGUGUUGCUCCGAAGAAGUCUGAUGACAAGUUCAUCUUUUUUGACUUUGAAACGGACCAGUCUUCGGGGGAGCAUCUCGUAAAUUUCGCGGUGGCUCAGUAUGCCGACGGCACAGAAAAGGUGUUUCCGGGUUACGAAGCAUGCCAAGAUUUCUGCGCCUGGCUGUUCACCCCACAACACAAGGGCUUCACCGCCGUGGCACACAACAUGAAAGGGUUUGACGGACAGUUCGUGAUGGCCUGGCUCCUGGAGCAAGGCACAGCGCCGGAGGUGAUCCCUAACGGGUCUAUGAUCAUGAGUGUAAGACACCCCAGUCUGAACAUUCGGGUCAUAGACUCAUUAAAUUUUCUACCGAUGGCGUUGUCCAAGCUCCCGGGCUGCUUCGGUCUCAGCGAGCUGAAGAAAGGAUACUUCCCCCAUCUUUUCAACGCGCGAGAAAACCAAAAUUAUGUCGGGCCGCUGCCGGAGAUCCAUUAUUACAGCCCGGACACAAUGAGUACUUCUGCCCGACAAGCUUUUCUAGCCUCGCACGACGCACACAAGGGGGACGUAUUUGAUUUCCAAGCAGAGAUGUUGGCCUAUUGCAGAUCGGACGUGGACAUUCUUCGCCGCUGUUGCCUAGAGUUUCGAGCCCAAUUUUUGGAUGUGGCGGGUGUGGAUCCAUUCCAAUACGUGACCAUUGGGUCGGCUUGUAUGGCAACGUAUCGGAUUGGCCACAUUCAGCCGGACACGAUUGCCAUGGUACCGACACACGGCUACAUCAAUCUGACCCAUUACAGUCCUGAUUCUAUCCGGUGGUUGGAUUUUGUGGCUUAUUCGGAAGGACUAAAAAUUCAACAUGCUCUGAACGGUUCCGGAGAGCACAAAAUCGCCGGAAUCUCGGUAGACGGAUUUCUGCCAAGAAACACAAACCGUCUAUCAGUUUCAGGUGUAAGAAAAGGCUGUUUCUUUCACGGAUGUAGUUCGUGUUACGAUGGUGAUAUCAUUCAUCCACUUGAAAGGGGUUUCCAUGGCAACGUUGAGAGAGAAAAGACAGAAGAGACCACAAGAAAGCUUCGCACCCAGGGUUUGACAGUCAUUGAAAUGUGGGAGCACGAGUUUCAACGGCAGAAUGAGGAAAAUCUAGAUCUCCAAGCUUUCCUGGAUCAACACCAUCUGAGGGACCGCCUCAAUCCUCGCGAAUCAUUUUUCGGAGGACGGACCAAUGCCCUCAAAUUGUUCCACGAGGGAGACGUGAACAAGUAUUGCGUCUACCCUGUGGGACAUCCAACAAUCAUCACGGAAAGCUUUAGGAGAUAUGGAAGAUUACUUUGGACUUAUCCAAUGCCGUGUGAUUCCUCCACGGAAUCUGUAUCUUCCGGUUUACUGCCCUAUCGGUGCCGGAAGAAGCUGAUGUUCCCCCUGUGUCGGACUUGCGCCCUUCUUCAACUGCAGACUCCGUGUACCCACACAGACGACGAUUGCGAGCUCUUGUCGGAACGUGGGGUAUCGGAGGAAGUCAAGCUGGCGAAAAAGAAAGGUUACCACUGCGUCACACAUAUCAAAGAUGUCUUUCUUCUUUCUUCCCACGCCUGA